UUGCGCACUCGUUCCUAUUUCAAUCGUUAAUAUUUCAGUCUUUUGCAGAACCGAAAGUAAACGAGUGUUAAGUGGAAAGUUGGUUUCGAUUUCCAUUCCUGAAAGUCGGGAGAGGUAACCGGACAGGAGGUAACCGGACAGGAGGUCUCACGUGACUGCAGAAAGAGAUAAACACUAUUUCGAAAAAUGUCAGUUGAGUUUUAUGGCUGGCAGGCAAUCUACGAGGACAAAGGGCACCUGAAAGCGGGACAGGAGCUUCAAGAUGGUAGAGGAUAUACCAUGUACCAUGGGACCCAUAAAAAUAAUGCCGCAAAUAUAAUACGCUUGGGGUUUAUACCAUCGAAGGAUGGACUCCUGGGCCCAGGGAUAUAUGUUAGCAGAGAUAUGAAUAAAGCAAGAGCAUACCCAAAGCUUAUAGCAGACCAUGACAAAGUGGUAUUCAAGCUGAAAGUUAGAGUUGGAAAAGUGAAGAAAAUAGACUUGGAUAAUCAUCCCCUUCAAAAAACCUGGCAUCAGCAAGGCUAUGACUGUGCUUGGGUCCCACCGAAAUGUGGGAUGAGCUUCAUUCCCAGUGGAAAAGAAGAAGACUGCAUCUGGGAUCCCAAACGGAUUACAGUGGUAGAUGUCGCCUAUGCAAAUGACCUGGUCAAGAAAGAUCUGAGGAAGCUGAUAUGCAAACAGCCAAUGGCCAAGAAAGUGAAGCUCAAGGAUCAGUGCGAUGUCUGUGGCUAUCAAAAAUAUUCAUCCCAUGUCAUUCAGAAAUGCUGGGGUUGUGAGAAGGACAUCUGCCCUUUUUUGAGCAAGCAUGUUUGUAAAGAAGGGACCAAGACCAGUGGUGAGAUGGCGUUGACAUUUUUUGGUUGGGACACUAUUUAUGACAAUAAUCAUCAUUUGCAAUCAAGUCAGGAACCAAUGAAUGGGACAGAAUAUAUUAUGUACCAUGGAACCUCAGUCAACAAUGCAAGGUCUAUCAUACAAUCAGGCUUCAAGCAAUCAGGCAAGGGAAUGUUAGGCCCUGGAGUCUAUGUUAGCAGAGACAAAGAGAAAGCUAGGAGGUAUCCAAUUAACAGACCGAAUGAUAGAGUUAUCUUAAUGCUAAAAGUACGAGUGGGAAAAGUCAAAAAAAUAGACAGAGAAAACCAUCCCAUGGCAACAACUUGGAACCAACAGGGAUAUGAUACAGCUUGGGUCCCUCCCAACUGUGGGAUGAGAAAUGUACCCAGUGGAUUGGAGGAAGACUGUGUUUGGGAUCCACAAAGAAUCCGGGUGAUUGAUAUAAUAAAUUCCCCCGAUCCCGUAACAACACAGCAAUUGAAAGAUUUGCUUCAAGCAAGCUUGAACAGUCAGCCUGUGUCUGGACUAGAGUCGGGUGAGCACUGUGAGGUCUGUAGAAACACUUUGGCACCUUCUCACCAGUUGCAGAGCUGCUGGGGCUGUGGGCAGACUAUCUGCCCUUUUAUGGAAAGACACUUCUGUGCCGGCAGUCGAAAUUGGCGAAUGGAUAUUAUGAUGGAAUGUGAUAUCGAGUUACAGCCCCAUAGUUUCCGAGCGCUGUCCCGCAAUUUGUCACUAAAAUUGGAACAAUUAAUGUCAUACAAGAAGGAUCAUUUGAUUAAAACCGUGCCUGAUAUGGAUAAUAAGGAAUUGAAACUGAAACUUCGAAAGUUGAGCUAUAAAGUCCAGAUGUAUGCAUAUUCUGCUGCAGAGUUACUGACAGCGUUGAGAGAAGUUUGCCUGUUUACCAUGGCAUAUGCUUGCGGUAAUACGUGGGCGGAAGAGGAUGGACCUGAUUUUGUUCCAGCAUGUCUUCAAAGCUACACAGCACCACAGAACAACAAGAUCUAUAAGAUGUACCAUGGAACCACCGAGAAGAAAGCACGUUUGAUUUGCAGAAAUGGUUUCCAUCAAUCCAAGCAUGGCAUGCUGGGCCCUGGAGUCUAUGUCAGUAGGGACAUUGAGAAAGCCAGUAGAUAUCCAAUGAAUCUGCCUUAUAAUGAGCAGAAGGUUGUGCUUGAAUUAAAAGUUAAAGUGGGAAGGGUUAAGAAGAUAGAUUACCAAGGGCACCCACUCCAGUACACUUGGCAUUAUGAAGGCUAUGACACUGCCUGGUGUCCUCCAAACUGUGGGAUGGUGCCAAGUGGUCUGGAGGAGGAUUGUGUCUGGGAUCCCAAUAGAAUAACAGUUACUAAAGUGCUUAAAACAUCAUCUACGCCAGACCCCAGGGCCUACACUGACUGGUGCUGAGUUAUAUAGUGAUCUCAACUGGGAAAACAGAGGUGGGAGGGUCAAGGGAUGGGCAGCGGAGCUCUUGGGUGAGGGAGGGAAGAUUCUGUCAUGUUCUCACUCUUCAGGGAUUGGGUUAAAUAUGAUGCUCCAUAAUCACAGAGCUCGCUGAAACUUAUUGGAGUAAAUUUUUGGCAACUCUGCUCCUGACAAUGAGUCUUGCGUGCCAGGGGCACAAAUCAGAGUGUUUGUCACUGUAAUCAUCAUGUCCCAUUCUCAGUGCACCUCAGCUCCCGGAGCAGAGUCUCUAAAAACACAUCUCAUUAUUUAGAUUCGCACAUGAAAAGUGGUUAAGCCAUUGCUGAUGGGGCAGAGCUUCAGAAUGAGUCACUACCUUCAGAAGAAGAACAGAGCCAGUUGGGGAGAAAAAGACAGUUGAUAUUACUAAAGGUAUUGCAGGAAAAUCAAAAGCACAAGUUCCAAUAUAAUGUUCUUUGAAAUACAAUCUGUCAAAGCAAUCAUUUUGUAACAUUCUGUAACAAGAUUUUGGUGAUUUGAAAAACGAUUGAUUGCUGUACCUAAGGUGUUCAUAAAAUUGAAUAAAAUCAUUAACUGUC